AUGAAAGAAGGUAAAUUAAAAUAUAAAAAAUUGGUAAUGAAUAAAACAUUAAAAAAGAAACGCAUACCUUCGAAAAUAUUGUAUAAUCGAAAAUAUACUACGCCUUUAAAACGAAAACGUAAAAAUGAAUAUGAUCCAAAAGAAGAGGCCAGGUUAGAAAGAAUCGUAUUUGGGGAUCCAAGUGAUAUCAUAAACAAUUUAUCAACCAACCAGGAUUUUGUUGAAUCUGAUAUUGACAAGAAUGACUGUGAUACGUCUGUAAAUAAUGAUUUGUGUGUACAAGCUGAUAUUUAUGAAGAACAUUGUAAAAGAGCAGCAUGGAUUGAUGAAGAUGAUGCUCAUUAUUCUAUACAAGAUGCUGCAAAAGCACAGAAUCGUAAACUAGCCAACGAUGUGCCAGAAAAGUUAUAUAAAGAUUUCUUAUGUAACAAAUAUAAACAGCUUUUGGGUAAUCCAAAAUGGGCUAAACUUGAAAAAAUUGAUAAAGAAAGUGAUAACUUAGAUAAUGAAAUAUUAAAGCAUAGUUGUCAUUUAGAAAAACCUACAAUAAAAAAUUUACCGAAGAAUAUAAUUGAUAUAAAAGCAUUGUUACCAAUUAAUAAACAAACGCAUACAGAAGGCCCCAUUGUAUCAAGUGUUGAAUUCCAUCCAUCCUCUACUGUAGCCCUGGUUGCUGGUACAUCUGGAGUUCUGUCACUUUUUCAAGUAGAUGGUAUUGAAAAUAAUAAAUUACAUACAAUGCAUUACAAGAAGUUUCCUAUUAGUACAGCAAAGUUUUUGAGAAAUGGUACAGAGAUAUUGGUUGGUUCCCAAUACUAUGCACAUUGUCAUUCCUACAAUUUGAUAAGUGGAAAAACAAAUAGAAUACUAUUACCACACGGAAUUACUAAUAUGCAGAAAUGCGAUGUAUCUCCAGAUGGAAAAAUAUUAGCACUUUGUGGACGAUCAGGUGAAAUUUUUUUAUUAACAGCUUCAUCUAAAGAGCUUAUUAGCACCUUGAAAAUGAAUGCAAGGUGUAGAGCAUUAGCCUUUACACCAGAUAGUAACACACUUAUUACACAUGGUGACAGUAAUGAAAUGUACAUUUGGGAUGUAAAUAGCCGUCUAUGUAUACAUCGAGCUAUAGAUGAUGGAUGUUUAUCUUGUACCUCCAUUGCAAUGUCUCCAAGCAGUCAAUUUUUAGCAACAGGUAGUAAAGAAGGUGUAGUUAAUAUAUAUGAAGCUAAGACUGUGUUGCAAAAUCAAAAUCCUGUUCCUAUAAAAAUUAUUCUCAAUUUUGUAACAUCAAUUACAAGUUUAAAAUUUAAUGCUUAUUCUGAAAUCUUAGCAAUGGCUUCAGAUAAAAAACAUAAUGCUUUUAAAAUGAUGCAUUUACCAUCGUUUACUGUUUUCUCAAAUUUUCCCACGUUUCAAACAAAUAUGUCAAUGCCUAAAGUCAUUGAUUUUUCACCAAGUAGUGGCUAUUUAGCAAUUUCCAACAAAUCAGGUAGUGCCUUUUUAUACAGAUUGAAACACUAUGGGAAUUACUAAAUAAUUAUUAUUU